UGGGCUGCUUUUGCAAAAGACAGUUUUCGUCUAUAUUGACAUUAAUCCGAUGCGUCUCUCCCAUGCAAUCGGCUCAUUGUAGGUCAUCCACAGUAGGGGGGCACUAGUCUCUGAUCGGACAGGUCUCUCCUGAGGGAGCGACACUUCUUCACGCGCCGGCGGUGUGUUGUGGGUACGGGCUGCUGGGCUGGCGGCCAUUUUGUUGGUUAAAUCGGAUCACUGCGGGAAGAAACGAGUGAGGGAGAACAGAGGAAGAGAGAGAAGGCAAAAAAAAGAAUAAUUAUCGCAAUAUAAAAAUGCUUUCCGCCGCCCAGUUACUUGACGAGUUAAUGGGCCGAGAUAGAAACUUGGCCCCGGAUGAGAAACGAAGUAACGUUCGCUGGGAUCAUGAGACGGUUUGCAAAUAUUACCUGUGUGGCUUUUGCCCUGCGGAAUUAUUCACAAAUACACGAUCUGACUUGGGUCCUUGUGAAAAAAUCCACGAUGAAAAUCUUAGAAAACAGUAUGAGAAAAGCUCCCGGUUCAUGAAAGAAGGUUAUGAAAGGGACUUCCUCCGUUAUUUACAGAGCUUGCUGGCUGAGGUGGAGCGGAGAAUUCGCAGAGGCCAUGCUAGACUGGCUCUGUCUCAGGCUCAGCAGAAUUCUGGAGCACCAGGACCAUCGGGGAAAAAUGAGGAAAAAAUACAAGUGCUGACGGAGAAAAUAGAAGAACUUGUACUUCAGAUCGAGGAACUGGGCUCAGAGGGGAAAGUGGAAGAGGCCCAGGGGAUGAUGAAACUUGUUGAACAGUUGAAAGACGAACGAGAGCUUUUGCGCUCCACCACCUCUACAAUUGAAAGCUUUGCUGCUCAGGAGAAGCAGAUGGAGGUGUGUGAGGUGUGUGGGGCAUUUCUCAUCGUGGGUGAUGCCCAGUCCAGAGUGGAUGAUCACCUCAUGGGAAAGCAGCACAUGGGCUAUGCUAAAAUCAAAUCUACUGUUGAAGAGCUUAAGGAAAAGCUCCGGAGGCGAUCGGAAGAUCCUGAGCGUGAUGAUAAAGGACGGAAGGAAAGAGAGGAUCGGGAACGUGAGAGAGAGGAGAGGGAGAAGAGGCGACGAAAGGAGGAGGAAGAGAAAGAGAAGGAACGAGAGAAAGAAAGAGAGAAGGAAAAAGAGAGGGAGCGAGAGAAAGAUCGGGAGAGGGAGAGAGAGAGGGAAAGGGAGAGGGAGAGAGAGAGAGAUCGGGAAAGGCGUCGACGCAGUCACUCACACAGCAGACACUCAAGCAAAGCAUCUGAAAGGAGACGCAGUCGCUCAAGAGAUCGCAAAAGAUCCAGGAGCAAAGACCGGGAGAGAAAGAGGAGCAGGAGCAGGGACAGAGAGCGGCGUCGGAGCAGAGAUCGCUCAGAGAGGAAGCACCGCUCCCGCAGCCGAGAGAGAAGGAGGUCCAGGAGCCCGGAUCGAAAAUCUCACAAGCACAGGAGCAGGAGUAGAGAGAAAGACAGAGAGAGGAGGUCCAAAGACAAAGAUCGAAAAGAUUCGGAUGAGAAGAGGAGUAGCAAGAAGUCCAGCAGUGCUGAAAAGCCAAGUGAAGUUCCCAAGGCAGAGCCUAUGGAGGUGGAGGCUCCAAAGUCAGAGAUUAACGGCACAAGUGAAGACCUACAAUCUGAAGGUGACACUCAGUCCAAUUAAAACUGAUCUGAUAGGACCUCAGAUCAGGCCGAGGUAAGUACAAUCUCUCAACAUGGGCUAGGCCUUUUUUUUUUGUUUUUGAUUUUUUUCGUUUUUGAUCGUGCAGCGUAAGUAUGCACGGAAGAAGAUGGAACUAAACCGAUGAGAAGAAAUAGAAAAAAACAAACCCAGAAGGGAAGGCCAGUGUAGCCCUGCAAAACAUGUUGGAGGUACCUCAUUUUGUAUCGGCUAUGUUAUAACCGUUCAUUAAAGAAAGGGCAUUCCCAAAAUAUAAUACAGAUAAAAUUCUGUGCCUCUACCUGUACUAUAGCUAAACAUAUAUUGUUAAUUCACUCGCACCACUUAACAAGGACACUUGUGCCGGUUAAUUGCAGUACUUCAGAUUUGUUUUUUUUUUCAUUGCUCAAUUACCAUUUAAAAUUCUAGUCCGUUUUUUUUUUCCAAUGACUUCCCGAGGCACAUUUGAAGGAGUUUUGUUUAUGAAUUUUCAGUCUGCUAGUCUUGUAAAUGACAAGGAUGUUUUGCAGUUUUGUGCUUGAUUGCCUUGCAUUCUAAUGCAGUUUGUUCUGAAACUCGAGAGCCGGUAGCAUUGGGAUGAUGGAAGUGUAGGGUUUAUGAAUUAUUGCAGCUGACUUCCAUACCUCACACAGCGUUGGUGUUGUGAGCGACCCAUGAAAAGCCAAAUUAAAAAUCAAGGAUACUGUCAAUCUGUGCAGGUACUCACCCCAGGUACUCCUUUCUCUACCCACAUCAAUGUCUGAAUGCUGUUGCCUGUAAACUUUUUAAGCUUGCUGUUGUGACUUUGUUUCUUAGACUCUAUAAAGGUAUUUUUUGCCUUUGUGUGUACUUGUUAAUUCAUAUUCACCAUACAUUUUUUAACUAUUUGGGAAAGCAGUGAAGCCAACUGGUAGUACGAAUUAAAGACUGAAUGCCAAUGAAAUGAAAAAAGUAGCCAUGACAAUUGAUGCUGUGCUGCUAAAGGUUACUGCAGUUACAAGCUAUAUCUGGCAGUACCCAUGUAUUCCUUGAUAUAGUUUUACAAGUUGUUUUUUAAAUAAAGCUGCUUAAAGACCUUGAAUUGGUGGGGUAGGGUAAUAAGAUAUAAUAAUCUAUUUUUAAUUGAAGUACAUCUCCUCCUAGACACUGUGCUGGUAUUUCAGGUGCUUGAAAGCCCAAAUGUUAAGGAGUUUGUGUGUCUGUUUUUGACUGCCAGUUAUAAAAAAAAUGGACAAUUUAAAUGGUAGUGGUUUGGGGAGGGCAUGGUUGUUUCUCAGUUAUGGGAACACCAGCUGUCCUUAUAUGCUUUGACUGUAUAUCUGCAGCCUUUUUCCUGUUUCCUAAUUGUGUGGUUUCUAAAUAUUUGUGCAUAUCAGGAACAUCUGAGAAGCCUGGGAGGAAGACCUGAAGACUACCUGUCCUGAACUUGCGAUACUGCUGCUUAAAACAAGGUGAACGAGAGCUGUAGUGGCCUAGAAACAAAUCAAACAAAAAUGUAACUAGGAUUCAAUUGCUGUUUUUAAAGCUCAUUUUCAGGACUGGUCACAAUCUUUACAUGAUUUGCUACAACUUACACCAAGAAUUUUUUUAAGUUGUGUAAUUUUGUUUUGUUUACAUGUUUAAUAACGAACAAUUAAAAACUUGUACGUGUGGCUUGUUCAGUUUGUAUCUUCAGGUUCUACUUUACAGUCUUUUUUAUUUGAGAUCUCAACACUGUUGGUAUUUGUAAAGUUCUGGAUGGAAACCAUUAUUGGUUUCUCCUCUUCCUUUCCUCCCCUUCAUGUAAGGUAUAUUUGCAGAAGGCUUUUGGAUCACUUCUGGUUUUAAGAGAAGUGAUUGAGAUUUUUUUUCUUUUUGUUCGGAAUUAAAGAAAAACCUGUAUAUUUUUGUGUUGAUUAUGAAUUAAAGUACAACUGUUUCUUGUUCA